GCUAAACUCAAUAUAUCAUAAGUUCUGACUAAUUACAUAGAACACGUAGAAAGAAUGAUUGCUGUGGUACUUGUUUUGUGGGCUAUGUAUGUUGAGGCUGGUGUACAAGAUGUAUGUCUGGCUAAAACAGAAAAAAGUCAUUUAAGUAACUUAAGAAACCAGUUGAAAGUUUUCGAAAAGACAAUCGGUGACUUGGAAAAGGGACUCAAAGGAAAACAUAUUUUGGGAAAUGGUGGUUGUAAAAAAGACUGGGACCGUUUUAGAGAUCAUUGUUACUAUUUUAACAAAGACAAAAAAAGUUGGUUUGAAGCUGAGAGGUAUUGUCAAGCAGAAGGUUCAUCUCUUGUGAACAUUGUUGAUGAAAAUGAAAACAACUUUGUAAUGACGAAAUCUAAAGAAGCAAACGCAGGACCUUUUUGGAUAGGAGCAAUUAACUGUGAUUCAGGAAAGUGGAUAUGGGGGUCUAACUUUGAACCUGUUAAAUAUUUUAAAUGGCAUCCUCGUGAACCAAAUGGUUCUGGAAAAAGUAUACAGUGUGUAGAGCUAUACCCAACUGCUGACGGGGCAUGGAACGAUCAUGCUUGCUCAACAACAUAUGCCUUUGUAUGCAAGAGACAUGUUAGAAAUGGCUGCCCUCCGAAAAAGAACUAAUAGUGAACGGAAUAAAAUAUGUUAAACUA